GUUUUCAACAAUCCUGGUUUACUUUUCUUCUUUCUUCCUUAAUUUCUGGUUAGAGAUUUGGCUAUAUCCGAAUAAAUUGCCACAGUAUUUCCGGGUCAAACCAAUUACAUUUCUAUACAAUGCAUUUGCCCUCCUUAAAACGACUUUGAAUAUUCCAAGCUAAUCAUCGAGAAAAAUCUUGGUCAUUCUAGCUCUCCUUCUAUAAGAACAAAGCUGGGGAUCCUAGAUAUUCAUGAAAUAUUUUUAACUUAAUGAUAAUAUAUAUGUGCCGUAAUUCAUCUAAUGUCAUAUGAAUUGACUUAAGAAACAAGCUAUAUAUAGACGACGCCGCUGUCUUAUCCCUUGUACAAGUUAUUUUUUUUAGACGCGUUGUUUUCAGCAUGUGUUUUGAAGGGUCUCAAACUCCUCCAUAUAUACAGCUAUCAACAAAACCAGCAAUGCUAUAUCCUUCUUGUUGUGACAAAGCUGCAGAAAAUUACUCAUACAUUUGCUGAGGAAGGAAGGAAGGAAGAAGAAGAAGAAGAUGGAGAUUAUUUAUCGGCCAUAUAUCGACCCCGAAUUCGAAUUCCUCAUUGAAAGAAUCUACCCUCCAUGGGUUUGUAUCGACAAUGACUCCUACAAAGAUUGUACGCUUGUGAAGGUUGACAGUGCAAACAAGCACGGGAUUUUGCUAGAGAUGGUCCAAGUUUUGACAGAUCUUGACCUUGUUAUUUCCAAAUCAUACAUAUCCUCUGAUGGUGGAUGGUUUAUGGAUGUGUUCCACGUGACGGAUCAACUCGGCAACAAAAUCACGGACGAAAGCCUCAUACUUUAUAUUCAGCAGGCACUAUGUGCUAGCAGGGGAGGAAUUUCAAAGGAGGCAAGACUACCAGGAAGAAAUGUGACACCCGGGCUGAAGGACUUAGCCCUAGAAAUGACCAGCAAGGACCGACCGGGCCUAGUGUCUGAGAUAUCUGCGGUCCUUGUUGAGUUGGGCUGCAACAUCACUACUGCGGUGGCUUGGACCCACGGUACCCGGGCGGCCAGCAUUUUCUACGUGGAAGAUGGGCUGGAAGGUGGGCCCAUAACAGACCCAAUUCGGCUGGCCCAUGUACAGGAGCAGCUAGAGAAUGUAGUUAAAGCCCAUCAUGAGGAGGGGGAGAAGAGGAGUGUAAGGCUGACCACCCCAGCAGGUGGCCACACCCACAAGGAGCGGCGGCUCCACCAGUUGAUGUAUGCCGACGAGGACUAUGAAAGUUGUCGUGGUUGUGACGGUAGUGGCAGCAGUGCACACAAGAAGGGUUGUGAUCGGACCCAUGUGAACAUAGAGAGUUGUAAGGAGAAAGGGUAUUGGAUUGUGAAUGUGAGGAGCAGAGACCGACCCAAACUACUGUUUGACACCGUGUGCGCCUUAACCGACUUGCAAUACGUGGUGUUCCAUGCGGUGGUUGCCUCCAGGGGCACCCUGGCGGAUCAGGAGUAUUUUGUCCGGCAUAAGGAUGGCUAUACUUCGAAUACAGAGAGUGAGAGGCACAAGCUUACCCUAUGCUUGGUUGCUGCAAUAGAGAGAAGGAUCUCACAGCAGGGCUUGAGGUUGGACCUGUGCGCUAAAAAUCGAAUGGGAUUGUUAUCAGACAUCACAAGGGUUUUCCGAGAGAAUGGACUAUCAAUGUCGAGGAUUGAGAUUGGAACACGUGGUGAAAGAGCAGUAGGAUCAAUCUAUGUAACGGAUGCUUCGGGGGAUGAAGUAAAUCCAAACGCAGUGGAACUGGUGACGAAGGAGAUUGGAGAAUCCAUCAUUGCAGUUCACAAAUCCCACAAGUGGGCUCCACAGGCCUCCUCCUCCUCAAGGACAAGCCACAAAAUACACAACAGAAGAAUAGAAGAAGAAGAAGAAGAAGAAGACAGGCCCAGAUUCUCACUUGGAAGCUUGGUCUGGUCUCAUCUGGAGCGCCUCUCUAGCAGUUUUGGGGCUAUCAAAUCAUAAUUAAACUCCUAAGUAAUCAAUUAAUUAAUGUGGUUCUUUUAAUCAGGCUUAAGGUUGUGUCUGUAAAUAAGUGUGUGACCAGGGGUCAAGGUAGUUCUUCUCUUCCUAGGCAGCUUGUGCUUUUUCUUUGUACAGAUUUGUUUUAUUUCUUUUUUUUUUUAAAGUACCUGUAGGAAGAUUUGAACCUUAGAUUUUAGCUUCAGCCUCAUCCCACGCCACUUGAGCAAAGGCUCGUGGGCAUUCAUUGUACAGAUUAGUUUCAAAUCCAAGAAUUUUUAUGCAUAAUCAAUUAAAAGAUGAAUGCAAUCUCCCCACCGUUUCACAUUAUUAUUCUCAUUA